AUGGGGCUGUGUCUCCUAUUCUGCAUCAUCUACCUGAUGGCUUGUACUGGCAACAGUCAGGUUCCAGGUCCGCCUGGUCCCAAAGGUGACAGAGGAGAUCCUGGACCACCAGGACCAGCUGGGAUACAGGGUUUUAUGGGAAUUCCAGGUCAGAAAGGUCAGAGAGGUCAGAAAGGGUACCGGGGACUUAGAGGAGCACCUGGGCCAGUUCUGAUAUGUGGACGAGAUCCUGUUGAUUCUGUUAGCCAGGACGUUGAAACUUUGAAGAGGAGCAUUGCCAAGUUAGAGCUGGCAAUAAACUAUGACUUUGUCCGAAGAGUUGGUCAGAAAUACUUUGUGUCAUACAAGGAGCGAGGCUCAUUCUCCAGGGCUGUCGAGUUCUGCUCCCAACAAGGCUUAGAGCUGGCUUCGCCCCAGAGCGAGGAGGAGAACAACAGACUGACUCAGUUCUUUGGGGACGUUUACAAAAUAGCCUGGAUCAACAUCAACAAUAACAAAGCAGUGGGGAAUUUUGACUCUGAUAUGAAGAACCAACCUCUGACCUUUACAAAAUGGGGAGAGGGGCAGCCAGACAAAUCCAUCCAAGAUACAGGCUGCACCAUGCUGUCAGAAGAUGGUGUGUGGAGAGUGACACCUGAAUGCUCUCUUAGUGCUUACAUCAUUUGUCAGAUGUAG